AUGAAUCGUGUCAUUGCGGUGCUGUGUCUGGUGGUUGUGGCGGUAUCCUUUAGUGAUGCGACGUUUGAUCUGCUUAGCAAGAAGAAGGAGCUGUUCGAACAGUUGCUAAGCAAAGGAAAGGGUGGUGGACAUGGCCAGGGCUACGGAGCACAUCCGCCGCCGCCACCACCACCACCACCAGUAGCAUAUCACGCAAGUGUUGCCGUGUCUUACCCUGCACCGGCACCAGCUCCGGUGCACUACGCUGCCCCAGCUCCAGCUCCAGUUCAGUACUCCGCCCCAGCUCCAGCUCCAGUUCCGUACUCCGCUCCAGCUCCAGUUCAGUACUCUGCUCCAGCUCCAGUUCAGUACUCCGCUCCAGCUCCUGUUCAGUACUCCGCCCCAGCUCCAGCCCCAGUUGAGUACUCCGCCCCAGCUCCAGUUCAGUACUCCGCCCCAGCUCCAGCUCCAGCUCCAGUUCAGUACGCCGCCCCAGCUCCAGUUCCAGUGUACAGAGCACCACCACCAGCUCCUGUGCAAUACGCUGCCCCGGUUCCCGCACCAGUUUACGGUCCUCCAGCCGCAGCACCAGCACCGUACCCAGGAUGUGAUCAUGCAAGUGGUGUUCGACUUUAAGUAGCAAUAGCAAUUCCAGCCGUAAAUUCAUUAGUGUACGAAAAGAGGAAAGCAUACUACUGAGCGCCUACAGAAGGGGUACAUAUCUUUCCGUACACGAAGCGUGGGAAUAAAGGUUUUAUCACUCGAGCGUACAAAACAAGCAAUCCUUUCUUCAUUUCCGACCGACAUCACGUUCGGUUCUGCGGUUUGCGUGAGCAAAUUGAUGGACAAUCCAGCCAGAGCUGUGUGGAUAACCCAUAGGGAAUGUGUUCAAAAUGUGCGAGAGAAGCUAUAGUAGAUUGUUGGUGUAUUAUUUUUCUACUAGAUGGUAAAAUGUGACGCAUGACAGAAACAGAAAUAAAGUUACACUU